AGAGCCAAAGAUGUCAGCUCGGUCAUGUGAUCAGCUGUGUCCAAUCACAGCUGAUCACUGACGAUCAAUGUGCCCUGAUGAUCAGUGUAACCCCAGAAGUGCCACCUGUCAGUGUCCAUUGUGUCAGUGCUCAUCAGUGCCUCGUGCCAGUGCACAUCAAUGCCACAUAUCAGUGCUACCAGUGCACAUCAAUGCCACAUAUCAGUGCCCAUCUGAGCUGCCAUUCAGUGUCACCCAUCAGUGCCAGUCAGUGCCGCCUAUCAGUGCCAGUCAGUGCCACCUAUCAGUGCGCAUCAGUGCCGCCUAUCAG